AUGGAGGUUACAGGGAGCAGCGCAGAUGUGAUACUCUUAUCUGCUGCUAGGGGGCAGUAUGACUUCACCCAGACAUAGAGCCAAAAUAUCUAUGGUGCUCGAUGGACUGCGAAGUGUCCCGGGUUAAGGGAAGGCGGUGUCUGUGCAGUGAUAUUUCGGCAGUGCAAACUACUUCCACCGUCCCCCUGCCUGAACCAGGUGGCAGCACACUAGGGCGGAUCGCCGCACGCGUGUGAAGUGUCCUGAUGGCAGGUCCGAGCCACGUUUUAAAGGUCCGAUCCUUAUACAAGCGGAUACUCCUGCUGCACCGCUUCAUGCCCUUGGACCUGCGGGCUCUCGGGGACCAGUACGUAAAGGACGAGUUUAGGAGGCACAAAGCGGCGACGCCGCAGGAGGUCACAUGCUUUAUGCGGGAGUGGGAGAACUACAAGGACGGCCUGCAGUCUCAGGUCCUGGGAUCAGCCAGGACGGGCCAAACCGUCAGCAAGUACGGGGCGGACCUGUCAGCGGAGCAGCUCUCGCAGCUUCAGGACGAGCAGAUCGGACAGCUCUACGAACUUAUGCUGGAGUCCACUAAGUCCAAUCGGCAGUUCAGCUUCCAGGAGGACAGUUUGAAGAAGUAGGGGGGUGGGGUCGGGGGGGGAGUGGGAGGGGUCGGUCUCCAUGAUUCAUUUCCAUGGUUACCGCUCAUCCUCAGAGACACGCCCAGCCGAGAAGCUGCUGUGGAGCCAUACUCUCAAAAGCAGGCAAUUAAGCUGCUGUAAUCAUAUUAAAGGCUGUACGCUGAGGAACGGCGGCGUCUUCGCGGUAUUGGCCAGUUUCUUUCGGGGGGGGGGGGGGGGGCAGAGACACAAAGGUCAAUUCGUACAGUAAAGUGUCCUUGUGAGGGUAAGAAGAAGCAACUUUUCUCAUAUGGCUCCACAUGUUGCAUGACCAGCCUGGGGGGGGGAGAGAUUCUCGUACCCAGACGUCACCGUGUCUCGGCUGAAGGGACUGGGAAUAACACCCAAGAUGGGGGACGAAUUCUUGUCAUGUUUUUAUUGUUACUCUUAAUUUGCAUAUGUUUUAAUGUUUAAUGUGUGUUUUUUCCCCUAAGAAAAUUAUGCACAUUAUGCAGAUAAAUAGCUUUAGGCAUUUUUUCUUUACCAAGACAUUUGCACAGUAUACACACACACACACACACACACACACACACACACACACACACACACACACACACACACACAGCUAGCCGUCUUACUCUUGAGUUGCAACAGAUUAAUCUCAGUUAGAUCGUUGGUCCAAUUUCAUUGUCCUAAUCUAUGGCGAUUAUAGGAAACAGAGAGUUGGUGGUGCUGGUGGUGGUGGUGGGGGAUCCUGAACUGCACUCUCCUUUCAAUGCUUUAACACAGCAAGAGGAAAAUAUAUUCGAUGCACAAAUCCCUUCGAAGCUGCACCACCGUGUGCCUCUCUGUCAGCAGGCACCUGAACACGGUGCUGGAAAUGAGAUCCACGGGAUCGAUAUGACCCCGGCAUUAUCGGGGGGGGGGGUGGAGUUCGCGUCCCCUGGCCCCAUAUCAGCUCUGACAGGUGAGAGGAUACCCCCCUUCAUGGGGAUUGUAAGAUGAGAUCCUAAUCUCUCUGGAGCCCAGUUGAAAAGAGAAAGUUGUGUGUAAAAAAUAAAAACUACAACCUUUCGAUCA